CAUAACCAUGCAUUUUUGUUUGUCUCUUUCGUCUUCAACGCCACCUUUUACUCUUCUUCAUAUUGAUUCUCUCUCUUCUCCGCCAGUUUCCAUUGUUAGUAUGUUACAACUAACAAAUUUCUCCCAAUUUUCAAAACAGAAACAACAAAAAUCCAAUUGAAAAAACCAAAAUCAGCCAGAACAUUAAUAUCUCAGCAGCCAAAGAUUCAAUAAUCUAAAUUUUGGCUGCGAUAUACGGCGAAGCGUUCAUGGCCAUGGUUGAGAUGAAAAAUCAAUGUCGAAAUGGAAAUUGAAAAUCUUCGCGUCGGCUAACAAUAACUACCCUAACGACGACAACGAAGAGCUUCCGAUUCUAUACGAUUUCGAUUGUCACGAAGAAGAGCUGAUAAUAAGCGCCAUGGAUGGUGAUCCUAGAAAAUCCCCUGUAAAUCCCGUAGAAACUGCAGAAUCCAGGACAGGCAAAGACUCGAACCUUGAAACCGACAGUUUUAGGCACUCCAACUAUGAGUUUUGGAGCGAUAGAGAAGAGAUCAAAGAUGGUGGUGAAGAUAAUUUCGAUUACAAGCAACGAUGGCAACCGGGCGAAGAAUCAUCGUCUUGGAAGAUAAUGAAUGAUCAUCUCUUGAAAAAAACAAGCAACACUAACGAGAUUGCAUUAGAGAUGGGGUUAGAUAUUGAUGAUAUUAAACGGGAUCCCUCGGUUAUGUCUAGAGACUCUAGAAGGGUUUCUUUCGAAGCAGCGGUCCCGAGUUUUCAGUACCAAUCGCAGCAACAAGAAGGAAUAAAUGAUCGAGCCUACGAACUCUCGAGAGGAAUGUCGAACGCAUCGGCUCUGUCGGGUUUGCUAUCGAAAGUGAGUUGCACCAAGUCAAGGCUUAUAGAUAGGCCACCAGAAGAGGUACAAAUGAUGUCGGAUUUGUUAUCCAAAUCGGGUCCGAUUAUGUCUGGAUUGUUAGGCAAAGGUUCGGAAGGUGAAGAAGAAGAUGACCCAUUUGCAGAUGAAGAUGUGCCUGAUGAGUUUAGGAGAGCUAACCUCAAUGCACUCACUUUGCUUCAAUGGUUGAGCCUCGUCUUGAUUGUAGCUGCUUUGGUUUGUAGUUUAUGGAUUCCUUCUUUCAAAACCAUGGACCUAUGGGAGCUUAGGCUAUGGAAAUGGCUAGUGUUCUUGCUGGUUUUGAUAUGUGGGAGAUUGGUGUCUGGAUGGGGUAUCAGAUUGAUUGUGUUCUUCAUUGAAAUGAACUUCUUUUUAAGGAAAAGGAUGUUGUAUUUCGUUUAUGGUAUAAGAAAACCAGUCCAGAAUUGCCUAUGGUUAGCUUUAGUGCUAUUGACAUGGCAUUUCUUGUUUGACAAGAAAGUUGAGAGGGAAAACGAUUUUCUAAUUUACGUGACCAAAAUCCUAGUUUGUUUCUUGGUGAGUACGUGUCUAUGGUUACUCAAGACAUUACUAGUCAAGGUAAUGGCUUCAUUAUUUCAUGUGAGUACUUAUUUCGAUAGGAUACUACACACAUUAUUCAACCAAUAUGUGAUCGAAUUACUCUCUGGUCCUCCAAUAAUUGAAAACCAAAGGAUGGAAGAAGAACAGGAAAGGAUUGCGGCCGAGAUCAGUAGGUUGCAGACAGCCGGUGCAAAAGUGCCUUCGGAUCUUCACGAAGAUGCCUUUCCCACACAAAGGACUAGUGAGAAGUUGAGAAAAACAUUCACCAGGCUAAAAACUUUUUCUUCGGCACCUUCGCCGAAGAAAGGGGGGAAUGGGAUUGCGUUAGAACACUUACAUAAGCUCAACAAUAGGAACAUUUCGGCUUGGAACAUGAAGAGAUUGAUGAAGAUGGUCCGACAUGGGACAUUGACUACAUUGGAUGAGCAGAUAAUGCAGGAUGAUUCUGUGAAACAGAUCAGAAGUGAACACGAAGCAACCCUUGCUGCUAAGAAGAUUUUCCAAAAUGUGGCUCGCCGUGGUUCUAAAUUUAUCUACGUGGAGGAUUUAAUGCGGUUUAUGCGAGAAGAUGAGGCUUUUAGAACAAUGGCUACCUUUGAAGGUGCUUAUGAGAUGAGGAGGAUUAGCAAAGCAUCCUUGAAGAAUUGGAUGCUGAACGCGUAUAGAGAAAGAAAAGCUCUGGCCUUGACCCUAAACGACACAAAGACGGCAGUAAAACAGCUUCACCACAUGGUAAACGUGAUUACCAUAAUCAUCAUAGUUGUCAUCUGGCUUGUCAUUCUGGAGAUUGCUUCCUCAAGGAUUAUCGUACUCUUCAGCUCCCAGCUAGUCGUUGCCGCCUUCAUCUUCGGCAACACCUGUAAAACCAUCUUCGAAUCUAUUGUCUUCUUGUUCAUCAUUCACCCUUUCGAUGUCGGAGACCGCUGCGAGAUCAAUGGAGUGCAGUUAGUGGUGGAAGAGAUGAACAUUCUUACUACAGUUUUCUUGAGAUUCGACAACUUGAAACUGGUGUUUCCCAACAGUGUUCUUUCGACGAUGCCGAUCGGAAACUUUUAUCGUAGUCCAGAUAUGGGUGAUGCAAUUGAUUUCUUAAUCCAUAUUGGUACACCAGUGGAGAAGAUUGCUCUCAUGAAGCAACGAAUAGUAAGUUACAUCGUGAACCGGAAGGAACACUGGUGUUCUGAUCCGAUGAUUGUGUUAAAAGAAUUUGAACAAUUCAACCAAAUAAAAAUGGCGGUUUGGGUAACUCAUAAAAUGAACUACCAAGACAUUGGAGAGAGGUGGGAAAGGAGGUCUCGAUUGGCUGAAGAGAUAGUGAACAUCUUCAAAGAACUUGACCUGCAAUACCGUUUGCUGCCCAUUGACAUCAAUGUCUGCACCUUGCCUCCCGUCCACUCCACUCGUUUUCCUUCCACAUGGAAUGCCGCAGAAACUUCGACUGAGUAGAAAGCUACGGUGACAUAAGAUUCAGUGAGAUUAUUAUAGCAACCACGGUGAGUUUAGUUAAUGCAGAGGUUGAAUAUUGUAAGGAAAAAAUUGAAAUGAAUAGUUAAAUCUUUGUUUGGAUUUGAAUGCACUUUGACAAUAAAGUAUGAAUAGAAAAUGGAUUAAAAAUUGUCUUCAAUGAAAGUUUAUUAACAGUGAAAGUACUUACCAAUUUGCUCUAUUA